UCCAAGUCAACAGAGAGGGAUCGCCGGCACAAAGAGCGCGACCGGGACCGGAGCAAGAAGGACCGGGACCGGGAGAAGGAUGGGCACCGGCGGGACAAGGACAGGAAGCGGUCGAGCUUGUCCCCGAGCAGGGGCAAGGACUCAAAGUCCCGGAAGGAGCGGGACUCACGGAAAGCAGAGGAGGAGGAGGAGAAUGCCCUGAAGAAGGAGAAGGCCCAGCCCCUGUCCUUGGAGGAGCUGCUGGCUAAGAAGAAGGCUGAAGAGGAGGCAGAAGCCAAGCCCAAGUUCCUGUCCAAGGCGGAGCGGGAGGCCGAGGCCUUGCGGCGGCGGCAGCAGGAGGUGGAGGAGCGACAGCGGCUGCUGGAGGAGGAGAGGAAGAAGAGGAAGCAGUUCCAGGAGAUGGGGAGGAAGAUGCUGGAAGACCCCCAGGAGCGUGAGCGCAGGGAGCGCCGCGAGCGCAUGGAGCGGGAGACCAACGGCACGGAGGAUGAGGAGGGCAGGCAGAAGAUCCGUGAGGAGAAGGACAAGAGCAAAGAGCUCCACGCCAUCAAGGAGCGUUACCUGGGAGGAGUGAAGAAGCGGAGACGCACGCGGCACCUGAACGACCGCAAGUUCGUCUUUGAGUGGGAUGCAUCAGAAGACACCUCCAUCGACUACAACCCCCUGUACAAGGAGCGGCACCAAGUGCAGCUGCUGGGCCGGGGCUUCAUCGCGGGGAUCGACCUGAAGCAGCAGAAACGGGAACAGUCGCGCUUCUACGGGGACCUGAUGGAGAAGAGGCGGACGCUGGAGGAGAAGGAGCAGGAGGAGGCCCGGCUGCGGAAGCUGCGGAAGAAGGAGGCCAAGCAGCGCUGGGACGACCGGCACUGGUCCCAGAAGAAGCUGGACGAGAUGACAGACAGGGACUGGCGCAUCUUCCGCGAGGACUACAGCAUCACCACCAAGGGGGGCAAGAUCCCCAACCCCAUCCGCUCCUGGAAGGACUCCUCCCUGCCCCCCCACAUCCUGGAAGUCAUCGACAAGUGCGGCUACAAGGAGCCCACCCCCAUCCAGCGCCAGGCCAUCCCCAUCGGCCUGCAGAACCGCGACAUCAUCGGCGUGGCCGAGACCGGGGGUGGCGCGUGGUACCGGGGGUGACACGGCUGUGCCCUGCCACGCCGCAGGAUUGAGGAGUCGGACCAGGGUCCCUAUGCCAUCAUCCUGGCCCCCACCCGAGAGCUGGCCCAGCAGAUCGAGGAGGAAACCAUCAAGUUUGGGAAGCCUCUGGGCAUCCGCACGGUGGCUGUGAUCGGAGGCAUCUCCCGUGAGGACCAGGGCUUCCGCCUUCGCAUGGGCUGCGAGAUCGUCAUCGCCACGCCAGGGCGUCUCAUCGAUGUGCUGGAGAACCGGUACCUGGUGUUGAGCCGCUGCACCUACGUGGUGCUGGAUGAGGCAGAUCGCAUGAUCGACAUGGGCUUCGAGCCCGACGUGCAGAAGAUCCUGGAGCACAUGCCCGUCACCAACCAAAAACCCGACACCGACGAGGCCGAGGACCCCGAGAAGAUGUUGGCCAACUUUGAGUCAGGGAAACACAAGUACAGACAGACCGUCAUGUUCACGGCCACCAUGCCGCCGGCGGUGGAGCGCCUGGCCCGCAGCUACCUCCGUCGUCCGGCCGUGGUCUACAUCGGCUCCGCCGGCAAACCCCACGAGCGGGUGGAGCAGAAGGUCUUCCUCAUGUCGGAGUCGGAGAAGAGGAAGAAGCUGUUAGCCAUCCUGGAGCAGGGCUUCGACCCGCCCAUCAUCAUCUUCGUCCACCAGAAGAAGGGCUGCGACGUGCUGGCAAAGUCCCUGGAGAAGAUG